AUGGUUUACACUAUCGUCGUCCACCUCCGCGCCAAGCCAGAUGAAGAGUCUAUCUCUAAGCUCAAGGCCAAGCUUGUCGAGGCUUCCAAUGUGUACUCGAACGACAAAGAGACCCUCUCAUGGUUCGUUAUGCAAUCUGUGUUCGACAAGCAGGACUUCACUAUUGUCGAGCGCUAUGUACAAGAAUCGUCGCAAGAAUACCAUCUCAACAACCCAUACUGGAAGACUUUUGAUCCCUAUGUGAUCCCUCUUUUGGAGAGGGAUAUGGACAUGCAUCGCUUGGAGGAGUUGGAAGGUUCUACUAUGUAA